AUGGCGCAACGCAAAUCUGACUCCCAGGAUGUGGAUGCCCAAUCAGACCUUCUUCAAGACAGCUCCAAUCCGCAGCUGCUGAACUCUGAGAUGACAAUGGCCUUUCAAGAACUCGCACGUGGCGAGAGGACCGCUUCGGCGCUGGAGUCGAAGCUCGACAGCAUCGAACGCAGAAUUGAAGAGUUGCUGGCCAGCAUCGAGGAAAGUCCAAGCCCAACACAACAACAGAAAGCUCCUUCAUCCGACAUGGCAAAGCCAAAAUAG